AGGCGCAAAGCGGGAAGCCGGCUCCGAGCGGGACGGUCUGAGGACAGUCAGAGUCACUGUCCGGGGCAGCAGCUGAUCGCCGACUUCACUGGCCAGUGAGAACAUAUCUCUAAGAUGGGAAAUAUUUUUGCAAACCUCUUCAAAGGCCUUUUUGGCAAAAAAGAAAUGAGGAUCCUAAUGGUUGGGCUGGAUGCUGCAGGGAAGACUACUAUUUUGUACAAACUUAAACUCGGUGAAAUAGUAACUACUAUUCCUACUAUAGGUUUCAAUGUGGAAACAGUAGAAUACAAGAACAUUAGCUUCACAGUCUGGGAUGUAGGUGGUCAGGAUAAGAUCAGACCACUCUGGCGCCAUUAUUUCCAGAAUACACAAGGUCUCAUUUUUGUGGUUGACAGUAAUGACAGAGAACGUGUGAAUGAGGCCAGAGAAGAGCUUAUGAGAAUGUUGGCAGAAGAUGAGCUUAGAGAUGCUGUGUUAUUAGUGUUUGCUAACAAACAGGACCUGCCCAACGCGAUGAAUGCAGCAGAAAUCACAGACAAACUCGGACUGCAUUCUCUUCGUCACAGGAACUGGUACAUCCAGGCAACCUGUGCCACUAGUGGAGACGGUCUCUAUGAAGGACUGGACUGGUUGUCCAAUCAGCUCCGAAACCAGAAAUGAAACCAUCAACCUUCCUCUUCCCUCUUCUUCCACCCUUCCCUCUUUAUUUCCUCCUCUUAUUCACCCUUCGCUUUACUCUAAUGUGGCAAACUGUGCUACUUUGUGGUAUUGAGUGCCGGAAGCUGUUUUCAUUUCUUUUGUCACAGUAUAUAUUGCAUCAUGCUGUAAAUGUGGCAAAUACAAGCCUGAAAACAGUUAGGUUUCUUAUUUAAUGUAAAUAGUUUUUGUUUCCAAUGAGGCAGUUUCUGGUACUCCUAUGCAAUAUUACUCAGCUUUUUUAUUGUAAAGAAUCCAACUCACUGUUUAGUACUCGGAAGGGAUUGAAGUGGGUUAACAUAAGGGUUGUCAGCAGGCCUUGUGCAGUAGAGCUCAAUACUAUCCUGGCUGGGUUGUGAGGUCUGUGAGAUCUGUUUUGGUGGUUGCUUUUUAAUCUGAAUUCUGUAUGGUUUUUUUUAAACAGUUAAGGAAAGGUAAAAACACUUCCAUGUACCAACAUUUGACAUAGCUUCUGCUGUCCUGGCUCUUAAUGUGGUGGCUUUUGAUUCUUUUGCACUGCUGAAACAAUGAGCAUCUGGUUAAAGAAAUGAUCAUGAUUACUAGGUCUGUGGCUCUUUCUGUAGCUCAGCAUGUGCUCAUGUUUGUUCCUACUUGUUAAAAGAUUUGCUGGACCUGGUUUAGGUGAGCUUUGCAGACUCAUGCUAAACAUUUGAUUUUGGUUCAGGUGAGAUUUCUCACUUCCAUUCAACUGCAAUCACUUCCAGAAGUCAACAUUUUUAGCCUGUUGUAUUUAUCAGAAAGUGUUUUGUACUUUCCUUGUGUUGUAAGCCACUCCAGAAGGCAAACCUUUCCACAGAGAGCACAGCCUCUGCUAGUCUUAGGCUCUAUAGGCAGAAAGUACUGUACUUAAUGUUAAAAAUUAACAUGAAGAACCCCACCAAACAUCAAUGUAUAGCAUCUAGGAAAACAAAACAACCAAACAAAACCAGAACAAACAAACAAAAAAAAGCAUGAAAGUUUGGAGAGUCAUUCCACUCUAGAAGUUACUCAAUCCCAUAUCUGUAUAUGUGUGAAAACCCUUGGCAUCCCUCAUACUGCAAGGUUCAGAUUUGCCAUCAGAAUUAAAAAAAAAAAAAAAAACUUUGGAAAAAAAAAAACUCUUUACUUUUUUUUUUCUUUUGUAUUUUGAUAAACACUGAAGAAGCUGGAGCUGUUAAACUUUAACUCGAGGAUCUAUCAGAACUGGUUUAUUUAGUGUUGUGGAAACCUUUAUCGCUUUCAAUCCACGAUUAGUAAUCAGCUGUUUUGUAUACUUGUUUUCAGUUUUCAUUUCGACAAACAAGCACUGUAAUUAAAGCUAUUAGAAUUAAAAAAAAAAAAUCUCUUAACUAUUUCAUGUUUUUUAUGCCUUGCUGUUCAUUUGAUCAUCUUGGCAGAA